UCAGUGAUAGUAAAGGCGACUCAGAUUGUGGGGGUGGAAAAGCCCCCGCAAUGAGUGAACCCGAAAAACAAGUGCUACUCGAUCUUGUCGCUGAGUUUAAAUUAAUAUUAGAGGAUAAGAGGACCGAUUUUGGAACUACUUCAAAAAAAUCAAAAGCAUGGAGGAGUGUAGCAGAUCGUUUCUGCAGCUCGCCUGGUACUACAUACCGGACUGAAGAACAGCUAAAAACCUGGUGGUCGAAUUGCAAAAAGAGAGCUAAAAAACAGGUAAAGAAUUGUGUGCACGAAAAUUGUAAUCUAUCAUAAAAAAUAUGUAUAUUUCUGAUCAUCUUAGGUUGCAAACAACAAAAGAUGUAUUAUCCAGACGGGUGGGGGAAAGGGGAAGAAUAAGCUGAACGUGGAGAUGGAUCGAGUUAUGGGAAUCAUUCCAGGCCAGAUGAAGUCGUUGGAAAACUUGUUCGAUGAUGAUGCUGAGAUUGUUGUCGACGAGGUUGAAACUAUUGAUUUACCGGAACACGAGAAAAUUAUUGCGUCACCUCCAAAGAAAAAAAUUAAAUCAUUGGAGCAAGAAUCUCGGAAGCAAAAGGAUGCUCGUUCAUCGCUUACGGACAUGGAAUAUGAAGAGCAUCGUAUGAGAAUGAAAAUUUUAGCGACGGAGUUAGAAACGGCUAUCAUUUUAAAAACAAAGGCAGAAGCUGAAACGAAACAUUUGGAGGAGGCUAACAAACUAAAAUUACAGUUAUUGCAUGCAAAAAUUAGUGAAUCUCGGGAAGAGCUCGGAAAUAUUAAUUAACAUUGUCGUUGAACUGAUUGGUUUGUAUGUAUCUAAUAAGUAAAGUGCGUAGUAAUAAUUUCUCUCAA